GGUUAUGAUGAUCAAUUGAUGUAAAUUCAGGUACCGGCCCCAGGAGUAUGGGUCUGGUGUUGGUGCGAGCGUGGAUAUUAAAAUUAAACAGUAAUGCCUGCAGGAGGAUAUAAAGGCUGAGGGUUCGCAGCAGAGCUGUUACUCUCCAAGCCAAGUAACCAUUUAUUUUUUGCACAGGUGGAAUUCGCGGGACAUAGCAAUCGAAAUGAAGGUGCCGCUGUCACUUAUUCUACCGGCUGUUGCUGCCGCAACAUCCUCGUCACCCUCUGUAACGAUUGAUGCUGGUGUCCUUCAGGGCGGACGAUGUGAUGGACAGAGCGCAGUUUAUUAUAAGGCAAUUCCCUAUGCCGAGCCGCCAGUUGGAGCACUUCGCUUCGAGCCCCCAACGGCCUUGAAGCAAUUCUCUGGAGGAAAACUCAAUGCAACCACUUCAGCUCCUACCUGCCUUCAAUUCUCAGAUGACUUUACUCCUAAAUUAUUUACAUCCGAAGAUUGUCUUUACCUCGACGUCUGGGUCCCAAGUGAUGCUACCAGUGACUCAAAGCUUCCAGUCAAAGUUUGGAUAUAUGGUGGCUCUGAGACGGAGGGCUCUAUCUCAGACCCCCUAUACGAUGGUUGCAACACUGCGGACCAUGGUGCGAUUCUAGUCUCGAUCAAUUAUAGACUCGGACCCCUAGGUUUCCUGGCCCUCAACAGUGCUGGCCUGUAUGGUAAUCAAGGAAUUCAAGAUCUUCUUUUGGGGUUACAGUGGGUUCAAGACAAUAUUGAAGCAUUUGGGGGUGACCCGAAAAAGGUGGUUCUAUUCGGGCAGUCAGCCGGUGCUGAGAACGCAUAUGUUAUUGCCUCUCUCCCCCAGGCAUCUUCUCUCAUCAAGAGUGCUGUCUCGGAAUCCGGCGGGGGUAGGAGUCUCGUCUCUAAUGCAAGUGUCCAAAGUGUCGGGGCGUCAUAUGCUCGAGCUCUUCAAUGCGACACUAGUGAUAAAGCUUGUCUUCAGUCUAAGAAUGCUACUGAGUUAGGCAACGCAUACACAUCCGAUUCUUUCCUAUAUGAAGGAAUUGGGUAUUUCGGCGCUCUCGGUGUCACUAGUCCCGGAUCACAUUCUUUCUAUCCUUAUGUAGAUGGCAAUGUCAUCCCUGAAGACCCUUACAAUAGCGGAGUAAAUGUCCCCACGGUCUUUGGAUCUACUUCUUUUGUACGUCCGACUAAUCAGGGAAAACCUAAAGAUAAGAACGAAGGCUUAGUUUAUGCCGUCCAAUGGGCCCUCUCAGGCAACAACACUGCAUCGCCAUCGGCAUACUCGGAUUUCCUCCGCAAAAACUUCGGUAGUGCCGCUUCGCUUGUUGGAAAAUACUAUAAUCUAUCUGCAUUCGAAGCUGCCAUUGGUAAUGCAUCUUCCAGUGGCGUCCUACCUAUCUCCAACACCGGGCUUGCCGUCCUUGCUGCCAUGACAGCCAUUAUAACGGACUCCACGUACAGGUGCCCAGCGUACUAUGGUGCAGCACAAGGCACACGCAAGAAUAUCGCGACCUGGACAUAUGAAUUCACCCACAAUUCGACUUGUAUGUGGCUAGAUACAAUCGAUCAGAAGUAUACUGCCUAUUUCGGUGCUAUUCACACCGCUGAAAUUCCAUUCGUCUUCGGUAAUCUAGACAAUAGUUAUCUUCCUAACGGGACUUGCAAUUCCACGGCCACUGAGUAUCAGCUCAGCGAGCAGAUUAUGGAUUUGUGGACGGCAGUCGCCGAGAACGCCGACCCGUCAACUGAUGCCAUCCAAUGGCCGCGAUUCCAGACAGCGAAGAACCUUUCGACUCCUGGGUUGAUCUUCGGAGAAUCGGCCGUGUCUGGGACAGUCGAUUACACAGGCUGUGACCUGUGGGAUCAAAUUAAUGCUUCGAUGAUGUCCAGCAAUGCUACAGCCACGGGAACACCGACUCCUAGCAGCCCAACGGCCUCGUCGACUACUGUCCCGACUAGCGGUGCAGCGCCGAUUUUGCCUACAACUGGAGGUCUUCUUGCUUUCAGUUUGGCCGUCAUGGGACUUGCCGGAUUGGUCUAACUGGUAGACACGGCAUUUAUUAGACAGUAUUGGUAGGAUAGAUUAAUCAAUACAUAUGUAAUCGACAUAAUAUAUUUUGAAGUUAAAGUUGUCUUGGCUUAAUUGAAAAAACAUCCAAGUGAUUGUGUAGACAAUAGGGUGUUGACAUGAGGUAAAAUGCAUCCAUGCAACACUUGAAGACUCGAUACGAUGGUAUUCAGA